UGCAGUUAGUCUUCCCGGAGCCGCCGUGCACAGCGGUCACUACUCCCACGUUCUUCCAACAACAAUCAUUCAGUAUUCAAACAGACACCAAAUAAUCAAAAGGCAACUUUCUGAUAAGAGACGGCCCUUUCGCAACCACACCGCGGGGCUGCUGACGCGCCCCAACCCAAAAUUCAGUGACUAAGAUAACCGCUAACCCAAGUGCGAAUUUGCCAAGCCGAUGUGAAUAUUUUAAUUAAUUUGCGUUUAAAAUUCGGUCAGACGAAUCCUCGAAAAACCAUCUGUUGAUUGGGGAACUUGUAAUUGCAUGUGCAGCGGAGGUGGAAGACGAGAAAUGGAAUAGUAAAACGUGGCGAAGUUUCGUGGAGAUUCCACACAAAUGUUUUCUUUUGGACGAUUCUGGAACACAUCACGAAUUUGCGAGAUUAAGUCCACGCUCAGCCACGUACCGAAUAGAUGGACAGUCGUUCGAAUUUGAAUUCUAACAAAUACGUACCUAAAAUUUGUGAUAUUUUUUAAGUUAUAGUUGUAGUUUUCUAUCCCCUAGUUGGUAACUGUAGACAUAUCAAGGAUAGUGCUUCUCUCUUAGCAUAGUUUCGACUCUUACGAAUUACUUCUACCAAUAUUUCUACUUAAUACAAAUGAAUGAUAAUAAUUAGCCACAGUUAGUUUGAAUGUUUUUGCUAUUCUGAGUGUCUUCUAGUACCGUGUUGUUAAUUGCUCUUGUUGUUUAUUAAUAAGUGAUCAGUCUACCGCUGUCGAGGAAGCAAUUGUGAUUCGAACCAUAGUGAUAUUUUCCCAAAGUGACAAUGAGUUUAUCGCGUUCCUGCUUGUCUAACCGGACAAUGAAUGGAAAGAUCUCCUCCCUUGUGGAGCAGCAUGGUACCAUCGGGGCGCUGCGCCCCUCGGCGGUGGCGCGAGUGGGUCAGGCCGUCAAUGUGGCGGUGGAGCGCUUCGUCACCGUGGGCGAAGCGAUCGCUGACGAUUAUCCUGAAGUUCGACAAGGCAUGUACGAAGCUUGCAAGGAAGCGCGCCAAGCUGGCGGAGUCAUCGAGCAAAUCUGCGAGGAGACGGACGAGGAGGUGCUCCCCGACCGGGGCACGCUGGUGCGGGCGGCGCGCUGCCUCCUGGGGGCCAUCACGCGGGUGCUUCUCCUGGCGGACAUCGUGGUGGUGAAGCAGCUCCUCCUGGCCAAGGACAAGGUUUCCCAUAGCUUGGAUCGAUUAGAAUCCGUAAACAACUUUACCGAAUUCGUGAAAGCGUUUAGCCAAUUUGGAGCGGAAAUGGUCGAAUUAGCGCAUUUAACGGGCGACAGACAGAACGAUCUGAAAGACGAGAGGAGGAGGGCUCAGAUGGCCGCAGCCAGACAAGUUCUGGAACGAUCCACAAUGAUGCUUCUCACUUCGAGUAAGACCUGCUUGAGGCAUCCAGACUGCAGCUCGUCGAGGGAGAAUCGCGAUACGGUCUUCUGCCAGAUGCGGAGGGCGAUGGAUCUGAUACAUUUCGUUGUUAAAGACGGGGUUUUGAACUCGAGCGAGGCGAAUCAGCCCUCCGACGAGUUGGAGGGCGACAGGUCGAGCGCCUAUGCCUGCAUGAGGCAUCUGCAGCAUCUGCUCGAGUUGAACAAAGUUGCAAUGGAUCAUUCCUGUCAGGAAAAUCUUCCAGCUGCGUUAGAAGCUGUCUUAGAAAAAACUCAGGAUUUCACUGAUAGUGCCUAUACUAGCCACGAGCAUAGAGAAGCUAUUCUAGAAAGUAGUGAACGACUAAAGACCGAAGUGGAUCACCUUUUAGGACUUUAUGCUAAUAUUAUUGAUUUCGAGGGUGCUAUAAACUGUCCAGAAUUCGAGAAUUCUGUGUCAGCUUGUAUAAACUCCGCGCGCGAUUUGUCUCGCCACUUGGCCAACGCCGGCAUUCAACAAGCACAGGAACUCAACACUGCAACUAAGCAAGGACUGGAAUUAGCUAGUAGUAUUCGCCAACAGGCUAUAAUGUCUGACGUUGAUAGACUUCAUCACACCUUUGAUGCCUUUCAAGAUUCAAUCGACCACAUUUUGGAAGUCUGUAAAUUGCUGAGACACGUCGCCGUCUCCGAAACCCUUCAAGUCUCUGCGAAAUUUACAGAAAUCAAUCUGAGAGUUUACGGGCCACAGGUGAUCACCGCUGCUAAAACCCUAGCGGCCUAUCCAGGUAGUAAAAUUGCUCAAGAAAAUUUAGAAGUUUUCGCGGAUAUGUACCAGUGGCUGGUGUCCGAUGUUACGACAAUCGUUAAAGAUGUACUGGAAGCCAGUCAGGCUAAACCGGAAAAGCAGGUCUAUAUGUCACUUCCGAGACCAGGUAAACACGGGACUACGUCCAAGCCCCUCAAAGCGGUCAGAUUAGACACAGAAGAACAAGAGAAAAUUGCCAAGUCGGGCUUGGAGAUGAAGCUGAUAACCAGCGAAAUGGACGCCGAGACGGACAAGUGGCAAGAGAGCAACACGCAAGUGGAGGAGAAUAACGACAUUGUGAAAAGAGCCAAGAACAUGUCAGCGAUGGCUUUCUCAAUGUACCAAUUCACCAAAGGCGAAGGCGUCUUAAAAACAACGCAGGACUUGUUCACACAGGCCGAGUAUUUUGCCGAAGAGGCCAACAGAUUGUAUAAAGUUAUUAGACAAUUUAGUUAUCAGGUCCCUGGUGGUGCUAACAAAAAAGAGCUUCUGGAAAACCUGGACAAAGUGCCAACUUUUGUGCAACGGCUGCAAUUCACUGUUAAAGAUCACACUGUUGGCAAAGCGGCCACGUUUACAAAAGUUGACAAUGUUAUUCAGGAAACUAAAAAUCUUAUGAACGUUAUCUCGAAGGUGGUAACCACCUGUUUCGAAUGUGCCACAAAGUACAAACUGGAGUUCAGGGGUUCGGGUGGUGGCACCGGCCGUGGGGCCGGCGGUGAAGGCGGCUCUUCCAGCGGGAGCGGAACCGGCGGAGAUAACAAAGGUGGAGGUGCUACAGGCCAAGACCAAAGCUUAUGACAGAUGGGGAUGUCCCGGCGCAAUAAGGGGGACUCGAGACGCACUCGAGUCUCCUUCUUAUUGUUCUAGGACAUCAGCCCCCAUUGUUAUUGUUACAAAGCUUACUACUUUGGUCUUGCCACGAUUAUGCUCAUUGUAAACUCAUUACCAAAGAAUAUAUAGUCGGUCUUUGUUCAUUUUUUAACUACUGUACAGUAUUGUUAUGUCAUUUAAACGUAUAGAUAAUGAAUACGGAGGACUAAAAGUUGACAUCAAGUGACAGUUUCGGCCUGAAAUUGUUUCAAACUAAUUUAAAUUCAGCCAGUUCUAGUGAGCUUGUGAAAAAAUAUUUGCACUUUGCUUAAUGUUUUUCAAAAUGCUGCGAAUGCGGUUAAAGAUAUAAAAAAGUAUUUAGCUUCCAACUUCUUUUUGUGUGCGGAUUAUUUUUCGUUAAAAUAGCGUUAAGUAGGCUUAAUUCAAUGAUUUUUUUACUGCUUCUCUCUCAAGAUUGAGCUAAAUCAGUCAGAACUGGAUUAUUUUUUCUGACCAAAUUUUAAGUAGAGAUUUUCUGUUUCAAAAACGAUCCAAAUCAUUCGAACUUGUAUGAAGCAACGUAAGUAAUUUGCUAUUAAUUAAGCAAAUUUUUGGCUUGUUUUGAAAGGAUCUGUUAAAAUACAAAAAGAAAGUAAUUUGAUUGAACUAACAGCAUUGAUGAAAAGCUGAGUAAAUUGUAAAUGUUUCUUAUAUUACUUUAGGAAAUCGUAGAAUUUGGUCAUGAUUGCAUUGUUUUUUUCUUGUUUUGGGCGUUUUUUUAGAGCGGAACUUUAUUAGUGAAGUAUUUUAUCGAAAUAAUACAGAAAAAUGCACUACGUUAUUUUAUUCGUUUUUUUUAUCGACAUAGUUUGAAAGAUGCGUAGAAAAUUAUUAGGACCAAAACUAAAAGACUCACAGUCAAGGAGGUCCUUGCUUACAGUGUUUUUCAUCGAUAAAUUCUCUAAAUUCAAGAAAUUAUGCCUGAAAUCACAAAGUUUUAAGGCUUAGGGUGUUAUUUCUAAUUGCUUCUCUGGUACUAGACCACUUUUCGUUGAGAAACACACGGUUAAGACCUAAAAAUUUUUGAUUGAGUUUGAAGUGUUUUUUUUUUUCAAAAAAUUUAUUAAACUUGAGAGAUAUCGUCAAAAAAAUUACAAAAUAAAUUUUGACUUAAAAAUUAUCGUUUUUGCUUGUUGAUAUCCUCAUAUUUCUUUUAUUAAUGUGUGUUUUUUCAACGAAAUAAUUUGAUAUAAGUGAGGUUCGAACUUAAAAUAGAAAUAAAUCACUGUAAGUGGUUGAAAAAACUCGUAGUUUUGUAUUUUUUUAGUUUGUUUAGACAAAAACAAUAAGUUUCUGUCUUAAAAAUGACUUGAAAUUGUGUAAAGUAACGUAAUUUGCUUAUAAUUGAGCCAGUUUUUGGCUAGUGCAUAGAAAAAAGUAAUAAAUUAAGUAUAAUUCGACGAUUUUUCAAUUUUUUUAACAAUUAUCUUUCUAGCUUCUAGCUCAGCUGCCUAAGUAGGGAAUAAACAAAUGAGUGAAUAAAAAGUAGCUAAAUGAUAUAGAAAAUAAUUUGUUUUCUAUAAAUAGUUAACUUAUGUUUUUUUUUCUUUAUUUAUAUAUGCUUAUUUAGGUAUGAUACAUUUAUUUUUAUUUAACUUUUUGGAUUAUGUGGAGGAAAGCUUUUGAAUUUGUCUGUUGUAAAGUUUUAAGGCUCGAUUUCAUCAAUGAAUGUUAUUAAAUUUAGUAGUAAAAUUAAUCCACAGAAACGAUUUUUAUAAUCAUAGUAAUGAUUGUUUUUAACUAUAUUCAUUAGAUUUAACCAGAGUUGGAGAAAUCCGGCCUUAAUAGUAAGCAUUAAAAAUAAGUUUACGGGCCUCUAGUUGCCACUUGGACGGACAAAUAAAUUUUCUUCAAAAAAUUCCGCACCAUAUUCAUCUUCAACUGUUUAGACUCCGAAUUAUUCAAAAAUGAUUAACAAACGGAUUUAUUUUUACCUGUGAUUAGAGCAAUUUAAACAAUCAUUAAAAGAGAUGUGAUGUCUCUUUUUUAAAGGAAAUGUGUUGCUUUACAACUCUGCAUUUAUUAUUUUUAAUAUCUUAAUUGCAUUUCCAGCCCACCGGAGGGCAAACUGCAAAUUCCAAAAUAUUUUUGUUGUUUCCGAAAAAAAAUAUUUAGUAUUUCUUUGCUCUUUAGUCCUCCGUAAUAAUGAUGAGAAAUGAUUUUGAGGAGAGAGUUGACUGAACGGAGACCGCAACAACCGACUCACUUAGUCGGUUGUUUCGGUUACAUAUCGAGGUACGGGGCUAAACAGGGAUGGAUUAUUAAAAAACAAUCAUGAUAUUGAUAACUAUUAAACCCUACACCAAUCAUUUCUUGUAACUCCAAUAUACUCAUGUAUUUAUAGCAUUUUUUUAAUAUGAUAGUAUUAAAAACAUUAAUGUGAUCUCUUUGAAUUUUUUAUUUUUGUAACAAGUUCAGUUAAGGUAUGUGUUUGCUCUCAAAUAGAAUGUUUUACUGUGUUCUCAUUGUCUGCUGAUGUGUGACUGUAACUCAGACUAUUUAUGAAAUAUUAAAAUUAGGAUAUACUUAAAUUGUUGUGCCUGUAACAUAUUUAUACUGACUCUUCUCGUUACGUUCUUAGUUACAUGAUAUUUUAUAUACGACUCUUGUUUUUCUCUCGAUACCAAAGUUAUGUCAUUAGUUUAUGGAGUAGCUUGUAUAGAAAAGAGACCUAUAUGAUAUUUUCAUGACCAGUAGAUUCUAGAUUUUGUACCUUUUAAAUUGUAUACCUAAUUGUUACCGUGGAGAUCGGUGUGCUAACGGGAGAUCAUUGUUGGUGUUUUGAAAGUGUUUAUCGCAGGGUUGGUAUAUCUCUUAAUAAAGCAUCUAAUGUAAC